AUGCGCAACAAUAACAGCACUCGUCUAGUCAGCAUCACAACCCUCUCGGCCAGCAAGGAAUGUUGCGACAUCUGCGACAAGGUCAAAGGAAGCUCGACAACAGGAUCUUCCCCCACAUUGUUCAAUGCCGCCAACAAGCCUGUUCGUCCGAAAUCAAUGUCAACUUCAGCAACACGCCCAAAACACGUUCACCGCACAAAGGACCGGCAGGAGGAGGCCGAGAAGCGGAUUCUCGAGUGGAAGAGCGACGAGUUGACCCGUGGUAAAGCCGAGUCUGAGAUAUACAACAGUGACUCUAUCAUGAAUAUGAAAGCAGUUGCGAAAUUUGCAGCAAAAUUUGGCAGUGUCCAAUGCCAUGGUACCGUUUCAUCCCUUUUCGAUGGUCGCUGGCAAGAGUCAAGUUCGGGUGGACAACAUCGACUCGAGGAGAUCCUUAUCAACUACAACCAGGAUAUCAACAGCUCUGAAGCCGUGAAAUCCAAAAAGAGGCAACGAGUCAGCUCACAACAACACGAAGAACCUUUGUCCAACCAUUCUCAAGAUCAGCAACAGGAUCCUUCUCAGGGUCGACUUUCAAACAUCUCGUAA